AUGACGCAGCCCAUUAAGAGAUUAAAAUCCUCGUUCCUCGACGCUGCUUCUCCUUCGAAACAUCAACAUCUCCGCCGCGAUGGAGCCGGAAGUCGCAUCAACCCCGGGCAACAUGCACCGAGUGUAAGUGUUUCUGUAUCCGCAUCUUACUCUCCACCACUAACCGACUUCACCCGCAGAAGCCACGAAGGCGCAGAGCUCGCAAUGUACGUCGGCCACGGCGCCUUCCAGCGCCUCUACGUGGUGCGUCAGAGCCUUCUCGCCCACUAUUCGGCGUACUACAAGCUCCAUCAGAACGAGCGAGAGCGCGAGGCUCGGCUUCCCGAUGAGAAGCCCGAACCGUUUUUCGCCAUGUUGGCAUACUUGCACGACAGAAAAUUAUUCAUCGACGAACCAAUCCUCAUGCUCAACUUCCACCAGCUCGUCGACGUCUACGACAUUGGCCUUCGCUGGGAAAUGCCAUUGAUCCAGAAUGUGGUGUGCGACGUCUACGCCAGACGCAUCAAAAUCACCGCACAGCUACCAGACAAGGACAUGAUCGAGCACCUCUGGCUGUUGCCACCAGGCUGCGCUCUGAAAAGGAUGACUGUCGACCUCGUCCGUGAGAUGUGGGUCCCCGACGGCCACCGCUUCGGCAUUUGGAACGAUUUGGUGGGUGGAUGCAGUGCGAAGCCCGAUGACUUGCUGUGGGCGAUGGACGAGCUCAACAGAAGCGAGCACACGGUUCGCAUCAGCCAGAAGACCAAGACGCGGCUGCUGUCGUGCGAGUGGCACGUCCACGAGAAGAACGAUGAGUGUGAGGGAUCGGAGGAGUACAAGUUGCUGGGGGAGCAUGUUCUCUGGGGACAGCCUGAUCGAUGA